GAGGAGACCUUCGUGACAGUUUUGUAUUUAUUUUUAUUUUGUUGGUUUUGUUCUGUUUUAAAAUUGAAAGAUCUCGAUGAAAAUGGCCGCCAGGAGUCUGCCAAACACCUUCAAAAAGCUUGUCGUCUCUAAACUGUCCACGAACUUUCGAGAGGCAGUCAAAACAGUGACUGCUCCUAUGAUUGUCCCAGACAAAGAUGAACUCCUUGUAAAAACAAGGUAUGCAGGCAUCAAUGCAUCUGAUGUUAACUUCAGUGCUGGAAGGUACAAUCCAGGGCAAGAACCACCCUUUGACGCUGGUCUUGAGGGUAUAGGUGAAGUUGUUGCCGUAGGAGAGAAAAUYAGUUCAAGGUUCAAAGUUGGUCAAGCUGUAACUUUUCUCAAAUAUGGUGCCUUUGCUGAAUAUAUACUUUUGUCUCAUAAAGAAGCCAUUCCUGUCCCACAAGCCCAUCCAGGCUACAUCUCACUGCUUAUUAGUGGAUUAACUGCUGCCAUGGCUCUUGAUAAGAUGGGUGAUCUAAAAAGUGGAGAAACAGUUUUAGUGACAGCUGCUGCUGGAGGGACAGGACAGUUUGCUGUCCAGCUUGCCAAGAAGGCUGGAUGCCAUGUUAUAGGAACAUGCUCCUCAGAGAAGAAAUCCCAGCUUCUUAAGAGUCUUGGUUGUGAUCGUGCGAUCAACUACAAAGCUGAGAAUCUGAAUGAYGUCUUGAAAUCAGAAUAUCCGGCAGGUAUCGAUGUAGUAUACGAGUCAAUUGGUGGAGACGUGUUUGAUAUAUGUGUCAACAGGUUGGCAAGAAAUGGUCGUCUGAUUGUUAUAGGUUUUAUAACUGGGUAUCAGUCAAACCUUGGGUUUUCACCGCUGAGAAAUGGUACUUUAAUCCCUAAGCUUCUUACUAAAUCAGCCAGUGUACGUGGUUUCUUCUUGUUCAACCACAUGUCUGAUCUAAAGACAUACCUCCCUAAACUUAUUCAAAUGUAUGAUUCUGGUGAACUUAAAGCUGCUGUUGAUAUGGGAGAAGAAAGCUCAGUAGGGACCUUUARAGGUGUUGACUCUGUUUAUGAUGCUGUUGAGUACAUGUAUAAAGGGAUGAACAAGGGCAAGUUAGUUGUGCAGAUAGA